GAUCCGAUAAUGAUUCGAAUCGGGCUCAUGGUGAAAGGCCAGGUGUCCGCUUAAGGAUCACCGCCUCUGGCGUAGAAGAACCCCUCGCCGUCUUCCGCCACCGUUUGCCCUCUUUCGCUGCAACAAAGAUCCUUCUUUUCGAACCCUUGGCAAGCGACUGUUUGAGAUCGACAUGGUGGCAAGACCGGAGGAUGCGCCUCCCCUGGUCGGACGAGAGCCUUCCUUGUCCCAGAACACCACUUAGAGCAGAACAUGUAAGGAGGAAGCCAUGUAGCAACUUGCCAACUAUGACGAAGAAUUAUCAAAGAAACGAGAUGAUGUUGAAACAGCAGGAGAUGUUUUGUAUCGAUGCCAUUGAUGAGAAAGGGGGGCAGCCAUUUGAACAGCUUGAUAGUGUUGUAGCUUUCAACACCACACCUGGGGCUGGUACAGAAGUCGCUGCUGAUGGGAGUAACCUGGGAUUCAGAGUUUGUAUUUCCCAUGAAUAUCUAGCACAUACCCAUGGUUGCCUGGAGUUGAACUGUGGCUGUUUGCAGUCGACCAUAGCCAGCAGGGAUGCAUCUUAUCGACAUCAAGUCAACUUGGAUCGGGGCGGCCGCAAGUGGAAAUCAAACCAGGUCGAAGAAAGUGUGUUGAACUCAUUCGGAAUCUACUUGCAUCUAUCAAAAAAAUAUCAUGAUGAUAACAAGUGUAAAUAA